GACAAUGUGAAAAUAUUAUUAACAAUUCAAUUCAAAAAUGGCUGCAAAUCGUCGUAAACAGGACGACAAAAAUUUAGAAAUUUUACGCGAACUUAUUUCGUUAAAUGGAAAUAAAUACUGUCUAGAUUGCAACCAAAGAGGUCCCACAUAUGUAAAUACAACCAUCGGUUCCUUCGUGUGUUCGAAAUGUUCAGGAAUGUUGCGUGGUCUAACUCCGCCUCACCGCGUAAAGUCUAUAUCUAUGGCCACCUUUACGCCGGAAGAGUUGGAAUUUAUAAAGACUAGGGGUAAUGAUUAUUGUAGGCGAGUGUGGCUAGGUUUAUAUGAGGGUGAAAGUGUGAACUUUGCUGACGAACAAAACGUUAAAGAUUUUAUGUCAGACAAGUACGAAAAGAAGCGGUAUUUUCUGGACUCCCCUCUUAAUAAUACUGUCGUAAAUGGUAAUUCAUUAUCUAAGACUAAAUCUAAAACGAAAGCCACAAGUAAUAUAGUAACGAACUCGUCUCCAUUGAUAACGAUUUCUCCUCAAACGUCAAAAACUGUACUUAAUAGCAGUGCAAUGGUUCAGACAGCAAGAGUUGUGAACAAUGUACUUCCUGCAGUUAAUGACACAAAUAAUAAAUUGGCAAGGCCCAACAACAAGCUUUUGAUGAACAAUGUAAGCGCACCUUCUCAGAAUCCAGCCACAGUACCUGAUUUUCCUGUUGAUUUUUCAACAGCAAAUAUUUACAACAGCAGUCAGUAUAAUAAUAAUAUAAACAACAAUUUUAUAUCCCAACCAUCAACUGCUACAUUUAAUGCUUUCAAUUCAACUGCACCAGCAUCAAAUGACCGCUAUGCUGCUUUAGCUGAUCUAGAUCUAGCUUUAAGACAGCAGAAUCUGAAAAAUAUGGAAGAAAACAACAGUGUUAAUAAUAAGAACCCAUUCCAAAGUUCAACAACCAAUGACUUAUUUGCAAAUAAGAACCCCUUUUUUAAUGGAGGAUGGAGCACACUGGCUGCACCUGUUUCUGUUAAUCCCUUCAUGUCAUCUCCAAACAAUGGGGGCGUUGUGAACUCGAACAAUCCGUUCCUAUGAUGGAAUUAUGAAUCAAUCAGAGCCAUAUCAAGAUUUAGAGAACAAAUCAACGCAACAAAAGCACAAAUGAAGCUACAAAGUUUAUUAUUAAUUUAUAGAAAUAUAGUUAGUAUAAGCCAUCGUCGUAAUUUUACAUUUAAACUACUGCUACAAAGAAUUAUGCUGGUAGUAACAUAAAAAUGUCGAAACAGAAAAAAACGAUUUGGAUGUGGCCUUAAAUUGUAAGUGUUGUCUUACAGGAGGAUCCGAUAAAUAUAUCAAAAUUUGUCUUGAUUUUUAAUACAAAUAUUUAAAAAAAAAACUGUUAAAUGAGAUAUAUAUUAUAACCACCAAAAUAUUAAAACGAAUGGCAAAUGUUGCCAUUUGGGAACCUCUACAAUGAAUAGAAAAUUUACUACACUUAUAUUUGCAGCUAAAUGAUCUAGUGGUGACCUCGCGGAUGCAAACGAGUUAUAUUGUUAUCACCUCCCUUUCCACGGCAUCUAUGACCAACAAACUGUUUUUAUCUUAAAACAACUGACUACUAUAUACAGUCAAACAUGGUGUAAUACGAUCCUCCUGUUAUCUGGUGUACAUUUAUGAGGUAUUUUCGGUAUCUGCAAAUACUUAACAUUUUUGUAGAUCAAUAAAUUUCAUAAAUUCAAUCGAUUUGAGAAAUUCUUAUUGAUGUUAGAUGAAAAAUGAAUUUGAAAACAGCUAUCCAAUUUAAUGUUUAAUUACCUCCAACUAAGUGCUUUAGUAGACUGAAACAAGUACUAAAGUAGAUACGAAGUCAUGAGUUACAUUGUAAUGAAUAACCAUUAAAUUUUAAAUAUUGACUUACAACAUUUUUAAAUAAAAUAUAUUCUACCUACGAGUACAUUAUGAGAAAUAACAUAUUUACAAUAAUAUAAACUGUUUUCUCUAUUAAAAAAAACCUCUUAUCAAAUAAAGCGAGCGAAAACGAAGUCAUGUUUGUGAACUACCCGAGACAUCUUAAAUCGGUUAUGUUCUAUUGUGGUUCAUAG